AUGAGCCAAGUCCCUAGAAUCCUAGUUGUAGGAUGCGGCCCUGUGGGCACAAUGUGCUCUUACAGUCUGCAAAACUCUGGCCGCACGACUGUCACAGCCAUUCUCCGAUCCACCUACGAUGAUGUAAAAGCAAAUGGCUUCCGCAUUAAGAGCAUUGAUCACGGCGAAGUUGAUGGAUGGAGGCCGCAUAAUAUCUCGCGCACCUUAGAUGACGCACUUCAGUACGGACCAUUCGACUAUGUGGUUGUCGCCCUCAAAAAUCUGCCGGAUGUAUAUUCUAUUCCAGAUAUCAUCCGGCUAGCUGUCGCGUCUGAGAAGACUGCCAUAGUACUGGUCCAGAAUGGCAUUGAUAUCGAACAGCCUCUCAUCGAUGCGUUUCCCGAUAACGUUGUCAUCUCUGGCGUUCCACUGAUUGGCUGCGAGCAAAAUGGCCGCGAGAUCUUGCACAACGAUCCAGACAUCCUUCUCGUCGGAGGUUUUACUAAGAAUCCUGACAGAAUGGAUCAAGGCAAACUCAUGUGCUCCGAAUUCGCCGAACUAUAUACCGCUGGAGGUGCCAAGUGUGAGGUCAAGGAAAAUCUAACCUGGUUCAGGUGGCGGAAGCUCUGCUGGAAUGCUUCUUUCAAUGCGAUCUGCGCCCUUACGAAUUUGGAUUCCGGCCUUAUCCAGGACGCAGGAGCCCUUGAGACCCUGAUCAAGCCCGCAAUGGGCGAGGUCGCUGCCAUUGCGAGCGCAGCAGGCUACCAGCUACCAGAGGACAUCAAAGAGCAAAUGGUCGCCUUCACGCCCAGGGAGCUUUACUUGAAGCCGAGCAUGCAGGUGGACGCAAUUAGGCAGAGGCCAAUGGAGAUUGAAGUUAUUUUGGGGAAUGCAUUGCGAAUAGCAGAGAAGGUAGGCGUCGAUGCGAGACUGCUGGGGACAUUAUAUCAACUACUUAAGGCCAAGCAACAGGCGUUGCUUUCUGUCAAAUAG